GGGCGGGGCUUAACAUGCAGGAUUUCCUGUGAAUCCUGUCACUUGAAAACGGCACGAGCCCGUCUGCGUGAGAGCUGAAUCUAUCGCUAAAUCACGAAAAUGUGAGGAUUACGUGCAGACGACUGAAUGAAGAAGCGCCGGUUCAUCUGACAUCUUGUAUUCAUGUGCGUGUUUACUUCCUGACGGCCCAGCUCUCCGUGCGUUGAGCAGGUAAACACGUACAUAAUCUCGGUACCCGGGACUUGUUGACGCAGCGCGUGGAACACUGAAGUUAUUGUGACGCAACGUGACGUAUGGAAUGGAACGUGGAACUGUGUGACGUCAGGGUGUUUUAGUGGAGGCGACGGUUGACUGUUAGAAAGAGAAAGUGAAUCUGUUCAUGGCAAACCAAGCCUGGCUGGAGUCUUCUCUGCAGCGCUCUGCCAGUCUGGGCCUGGAGGUGCUGGAGCGGGCCUCCAGGCGGACUGUAGACUGGACGAGUACUGGAGCAUCCCAGACCCCCACUACUACAGAUGAAGACGCACAGAUCCCUGUCAAGAGAGCACACACAGAGCUUGAUGAUGUCUUUGCAACCAUCGCAGGGUUCAUGGCACAGACGACCUAUCAGUGCAAGAGGUUUUAUGAGUCUGGCUUUUGCACUGAGCCCACUGACACCGAGAGGAGCCAUGUGUCCAGGUUCCACUCACGGCCAGCUGUUGGGAUGAAAACACCUGCGCGGUCAGCCAGAAACCAUGCUCGUGUGUCGGCAGCAGGUGAAGAUUUCUUCAUCGAGGUUUCACCGGGGACGUACGCCAUCACUGCCAGCAUGCCGGAGUUACAGCAGCAGACUCAGAUGGUCAGCGUCAAAGCUGGAGAGAGCGUCGACCUCACCUUUAACCUCUGACCCCUCACCUGUCCAUAGCACCCAACCUUAAACUCACCCAUGCUAAAGCUGUUUGUGUGUUUAUUGCUUGUUUGUACACUGACUUCUGCUUUUUAAGAGUUUACAUUUUAUAUUGCUUUGAAUGUUUUAUUUGCUGCACAUGGAGAAGCCAUAUUGUUAUGUAGUUUGUGUGUUUAAAUUCUGCUCCACAACAUCAUGUAAUGCACUUACACAUUUUUGUACCUGCACUAAUGCCGCAUCAUUGUAUAAAUAUAAAGUAUUUUUUAAAAUCAA